AUGGACCCUGCUCUUUAUAUCCACCCCCCUUUUUUCUCUUUCUGCUCUCCCUGCUGCUCUUUCUCUUCAUUUUUAAUGUCUUUUAUUCCUCUUGUAGUUUCUGUGCCUCCACAUCUCUAUGGAUCAUUCAACUUUGGAGACAAUGUGGAAGAUGAAUGGUUUGUUGUUUACCUCCUGUGCCAACUCACUAAAACAUUCUCUGGCCUCCUUGUUCGAUCUUUGCACUCAAUUAUUCCAACACCGCCUCGUAGUUCGCUACACACAACUCUCUCGAGUGGUCUCCCGCUGUCACAUUUAUGCCAGCGAACACCAACCAAUUUGCAUACGGCCAAGUUCACCUCUCGCCAAUUCUCGCGGCUACAAGAUCGCGUUUCCCAUAAGUCCGACUCACCUCUCAUUACACCGGUAGCAGCGAACAGCUGUCAGUUGCCACCUGCAGUUCCUCGCAAUGUGGCCCUGACCACCACAUCUAUAACAUAUGACCCCACCACGGGGGCUGGGCCCCUGAUACGGUCUAUCAUCACUCAGCGUGGACUAUCUUUGCGCUCAAUUAUUCCAACACCGCCUCGUAGUUCGCUACACACAACUCUCUCGAGUGGUCUCCCGCCGUCACAUUUAUGCCAGCGAACACCAAUUUGCAUACGGCCAAGUUCACCUCUCGCCAAUUCUCGGGGCUACAAGAUCGCGUUUUCCAUAAGUCCGACUCACCGUAAUGGUGGUGUUUCUUCCUUCGGACCAAUUACUGCCCUGUACGCCAGACACAAACGAACCCUCUUAUGUCAAGAGCUAAGAACUCUUGAAAAAAGUGCAGCAGUAUUUUAUGGAGAAUAUUCAGAGUUCCCAAAGAUGAUUCUUGGCUGGAUAUUAGUCCUGAUGAAGUUGAUGAUAUGA